UAAACAAACCCUAUUGCCCUCUUUCUCUCUCCACCAAACUAUUUAUCUCCCUUCCAUUUAUAUCUUUCUCGGCCAUUCAAUUUCUCUCUCCGCCGUACCGACAAUGGCCGGCAAGCGCAAGAGCAAGUCUUCGCCCUCUGAAGCUCCUCCAUCCAAUUCCGCUUCAGCCAAUAAGCUGAAGCGUACUGAGGAGCCGAUAGCUAAAAAAGAGGUCGCAGAGAGUAUGGAAAAAACUGCUUCUCCGCCGAGGAAGCUCAAGGGUAAAGCGGUCGCCGUCAAAGAUGGAGAGGAGCCUGAAGCCAAGUUUCUUGGCAAACCGGUGAAAGAUACAGAGGCUCGAAAGAGGUGGCCAAAACGGUACCUGGGAAAGAUGAAGCAGGUGUCUGGGCCAAACAACUCAAACCAAGAUGAAGAUGCAAUUCAGGCUCGUGGCCAUUACAUAAAGGCAGAGGUUGAUGGACGAAACAUAUUUGAUCUGUAUGAUGAUGCUCAUGUACAAGCAGGGGAUGGAAACGAACCCUACGUUUGUAAGAUCGUGGAAAUGUUUGAGGCGAUUGAUGGGACAUUAUAUUUUACUGCACAAUGGUACUAUAGAUCACCAGACACUGUCAUAAAAGAGUGUGCUACAAUUGAUAAGAGGCGUGUAUUUUUAUCAGAGAUUCAAGAUGUCAACCCUCUCGAUUGUCUUGUUGAAAAACUCAAUAUUGUUAGAUUGUCUUUAAAUGUUGAUCAAAAUGAAAAGAGCAAAUUAAUUUCGACAUGCAAGUACUUUUGUGACACAACAUAUUUGUUACCUUAUUCAACUUUCAUGAACUUGCCAGAAGAAAAUAUACAGACGGGAAGUGAUGACUCAACAAUUUCUAGUGAGGCUGAUGUGGACCGAGCUUGUGAGGUUAACUCCGAAGGUGCUGAUGUGGACAAAGCUUGUCAGGUUAAUUCCAAAGUUGCCCAACUCUGCCCUGUUAGAGAGUGUGGCAAACCAGAAGUCACAUUGCUUGACCUAUAUUCUGGUUGUGGAGCAAUGUCAACUGGGUUGUGCCUUGGUGCACAAUUGUCUAAUGUAAAUCUGGUUACAAGAUGGGCUGUUGACGUAAAUGAGUAUGCUUGCCAAAGUCUCAAGCUUAACCACCCAGAGACAGAGGUUAGAAAUGAAUCCGCCGAAGAUUUUCUCUCAUUGCUGAAGGAGUGGAGAAAACUUUGCUUUUAUUUUAACUUGGUUGAGACCAAGGACUCAGAGAAUGAUCAGUUUGACUUUUUUGAAACGGAAGACGAAGAGGAGGAAGAAGAAGAUGGUGAUAGUGGAAAUGAUGAGAAUGAUAGUGAUGAUCCUGAAUUUGAAGUUGAUUACGUACUAGAAGUAUGUUAUGGUGACCCCAACAAGACAAACAAGAGAGGAUUGUACUUUAAGAUCCGUUGGAAGGGGUAUGGGGAUGACGAAGACACCUGGGAGCCAAUUGAUGGACUGGGGCAUUGUAGGAAGGCUAUAGGAGACUUUGUUUCUCAACGUUAUGCAUCAAAAGCAUUUCCUUUACCCGGUGAUGUUGAUGUGGUGUGUGGGGGGCCCCCUUGCCAAGGAAUUAGUGGUUUCAACAGAUUUAGGAACACACAACAACCGUUAGAAGAUGAGAAAAAUAAACAAUUGAUUGUUUUCAUGGAUUUCGUACAGUACCUUAACCCAAAAUUCGUUUUGAUGGAAAAUGUGGUUGAUAUUGUAAAAUUUUCUGAGGGACUCCUUGGACGUUAUGCCUUGGGACGUCUUGUUGGUAUGAACUAUCAAGCUAGGAUGGGAAUGAUGGCAGCAGGUGCAUAUGGGCUUCCCCAGUUUCGUAUGCGUAUGUUUAUGUGGGGGGCCCGUCCUACUGAGAGGUUGCCUCAGUACCCACUUCCUACACAUGAUGUUGUUGUAAGGGGUGUUAUUCCCACGCAAUUUGAGGGGAACACUGUUGCUUAUGAUGAAGGUGGCCCGGUUCAAUUAGAAAGAAAGCUUUUGUUGGAGGAUGCAAUAUCUGACCUUCCUGCUGUUGAGAAUAGUGAAAACCGGGAUGAGAUGCCAUAUGCAGGGCCUCCCCAGACAGAAUUUCAGAGGUUUAUCAGACUAAGCAAAGAAUAUUUGCUGGGGUCUUCAAAGGAUGAAUCAUUACACAAGACGCUUUACGAUCACCGUCCCCUAGAGUUGAAUGCAGAUGAUUAUGCACGUGUUUGUGAAAUCCCGAAGAGAAAGGGUGCAAACUUCAGAGAUCUACCCGGUGUUCGUGUGCGUGUUGAUAACAAGGUUGAGUGGGAUCCUGAUGUAGAAAGAGUGUAUUUGAAGUCCGGGAAACCUUUGGUCCCUGAUUACGCUAUGAGUUUUGUGAAGGGGUCUUCAUCAAAACCUUUUGCCCGUUUAUGGUGGGAUGAAACCGUACCAACAGUUGUUACUAGAGCUGAGCCCCAUAACCAGGCAAUUUUGCAUCCUGUUCAAGACAGGGUAUUGUCAAUUCGUGAAAAUGCAAGACUUCAAGGUUUCCCAGAUUACUACAAACUUUGUGGCCCUGUCAAGGAGAGAUACAUUCAAGUUGGCAAUGCCGUUGCCGUUCCAGUUGCACGUGCAUUGGGCUAUGCGCUAGGUCUUGCUUUGAAAGGUUCUGCUGGUGUUGACCCCGUGUUUCCAUUGCCGGAAAAAUUCCCCAAUAUUCAGUGUCAGAUUCAUUCUGCAUCAUCCGAAGAUGAUGCUUGAUUAUUGUUGUAAUAACUUGAUUUGUUAAAGAUUUGAUGAGGGUGGAUUAUUAUUUGUUCCACAACGGGGAACAUUAUUAUGUCAAAUGAAUUUCAAGUGUUCGUCAUUGUUAUGCUAAAAAAAAUUGUAAAAGUACCCAAAGCAUAUAUUGAUUGUGCACCAUUAUAAUGAAACUCAAGCUCAAUGCAUAAA